UUAAUGAGGUACUAUCUUCUCUAUUUAAAUAUGAGUCUUUGAGGAAGUGAGUGGCAUUGGUAGCUUUUUCAUGCAUAAUUCUCAGAGCUGAAGAGAAAAUGAUAUGCUGGUAGUUAACAUUAUAUUCUUGAAAUGAGUUAUACCAGCGUGUACUGUCUUCUGUACCUGAGCUGAAACAGUGGGGACCUCAUUCAAACUAUUCUCUCUCCCUCUGGUUUACAAUUUUCACCAAAGAAAAGUCUCCUUUGAACCUUGGAAGAGCACAAGGAAAAUGGCAUUUCAUAGACGACCCUCAAACAGAUUGCUGUUACUUGUGCUCUUUCUGUUUCCAAACCUGCUAUCAUGCAGAUGGUUUCCUAAAAGCUUACCCUGUGAUGUAAAAGUAGAAGCCUCAAAAGCCAGCGUGGUAGUGGACUGCAGCGAGCGUCAUCUCACAGAAAUCCCAGAAGGGAUUCCUGCAAAUGCAACAAACCUGAUUCUUACUAUUAAUCAUAUCCCGAGCAUUUUCUCAACCUCCUUUGCCCACCUUGAUAAUCUCACAGAGAUUGAUUUCAGGUGUAACUGUGUGCCUGUCAAAUCGGGGCCAAAAGAUCACGUGUGUACUAGGAGACCACAGAUUGCAAAUGGCAGCUUUGCCAUACUAACGAAGUUAAAGUCAUUGUAUUUGGAUGGAAAUCAACUGUUGGAAAUACCUCGGAGUCUUCCUCCUAAUUUACGCCUGCUAAGCCUUGAAGCCAACAGCAUCUUUUCUCUCACAAAAGAGAAAUUAUCAGAACUCAGAAACAUUAAAAAGUUGUACUUGGGCCAGAACUGCUAUUAUCGGAAUCCCUGCAACAUUUCAUUUGAAAUAGAAGAAAAUGCCUUCCAGGACUUAAAAAGUUUAAUUGUAUUGUCCCUCAAAUCCAAUAAUUUAACUUAUGUCCCCCACAAUUUGCCAUCCACUUUAAAAGAACUAUACCUUUACAAUAACAUGAUUCAAGCUGUUCAGGAGCACAGUUUAAAUGGCCUUCACAAUCUGGAAAUUCUUGAUUUAAGUGGAAAUUGCCCUCGCUGCUACAACUCUCCAUUUCCUUGUACUCCUUGUCCCCACAAUGCCCCAAUUGCAAUCCAUCCCCAAGCAUUUGAUUCCUUAAAACAAUUAAAAAUUCUGCGGCUCCACAGUAAUUCCCUUCACUGUGUACCCAACAGCUGGUUUAAAAACACCAAAAAUCUACAAGUGCUUGAUCUUUCCCAAAAUUUCCUAGCCAAGGAAAUUGGAGAGGCUCAUUUUUUGAAUCUUAUUCCCAAUCUUGUAGAGCUGGAUCUCUCCUUUAAUUUUGAUCUUCAGGUCUAUUCUACAGUUUUGAACCUGUCUAAGACAUUUGCCUCUCUCUCUAACCUGGAAAUUUUGAGGGUCAGAGGUUAUGUCUUCAGAGAACUGAAUCUAGAAAAUCUGUCUCCAUUGCUUCAUCUUAGAAAUCUGACUGUGCUGGACCUUGGAACUAAUUUUAUCAAAGUUGCUAACCUGAAUGUGUUUAAAAAAUUCCCAUCUCUUAAAGUCAUAGACCUCUCAGUCAAUAAAAUAUCUCCUUAUUCAGGUGAAGGCAGUAAUAAUGGUUUCUGUUCUACCCCCAGGGCUUCAGUAAAGCACUACAGUAACCAAAUAGGGCAAGAGAUGCACUAUUUCAGGUAUGAUGAGUAUGGACGAGGUUGUAAGUCCAAGGACAAAGAGGCUACUUCCUUCCAACCUUUUGCUGAUGAAGAUUGCCUAAAUUAUGGAGAAACUCUAGAUUUAAGCAGAAAUGACAUAUUUUUUAUUAACCCCUCUGAUUUCCAACAUCUCAGUUUCCUAAAAUGCCUCAAUUUAUCAGGUAAUGCCAUUAGUCAAACUUUGAAUGGAAGUGAAUUCCGCCCUUUGGCUGGAUUGAAAUAUCUAGAUUUUUCUAACAACAGGCUUGAUUUGUUAUAUUCAACUGCCUUCCAGGAGCUUAAACAUCUAGAAAUUCUUGACCUUAGUUAUAACCAACAUUAUUUUCUGUCAGAAGGUAUAACUCAUAUGCUCAAUUUUACAAAGAAUAUGGCCUUUUUGAAGAAACUGGUGAUGAACUGGAAUGAAAUUUCUACUUCUGCAAGCACGGGGAUGGAAAGUCAAUCUCUUCAAAUUCUGGAAUUUAAAGGAAAUCAUUUAGAUAUUUUAUGGAGGGAUGGAGAUGCUAGAUACCUCUCAUUCUUCAAGAAUUUGACCACGUUAGAGCAACUGGACAUUUCCUUCAACUUUCUGGAUUUUUUGCCUCCUGGUGUUUUUGAAGACCUGCCUCCAAACCUCAAGCAACUUAACUUAACCAGUAACAAGUUAAGGACUUUCAACUGGGGAAAACUACACCUUCUAAAGAAACUCAAAAACUUGGAUCUUAGCAAUAACCUAUUGACUACUGUUCCAAGGAAGCUGUCGAAUUGCUCUUCAACUAUCCAGAAACUGAUACUGCAAAACAAUCAAAUUCCAAGGCUGACUAUGCACUUUCUUAGCGGUGCUUUCCAAUUAAAGUACUUGGAUCUCAGCUUAAACAAGAUCCAAAUAAUUAGGAAAUCUAGCUUCCCAGAGAAUGUCAUCAACAAUCUGGAAGUGCUGCUUCUACAUGGAAAUCCUUUCAAGUGCAUUUGUGAUGCUGUAUGGUUUGUUUGGUGGAUCAAUCAGACUGAGGUUACUAUUCCACUUCUAGCCACAGAUGUGACAUGUGCAGGCCCAGGCGCACAUAAAGGAAAAAGUGUGAUUUUUUUGGAUAUGUAUACCUGCGAGUUAGACUACUCUUAUUUGAUUUUGUAUUCUAUGUUAGCAACACUUAUCCUAUGUAUAAUGGUGUUUGCUGUCAUUAACCAUCUCUAUUUCUGGGAUAUGUGGUAUAGCUAUCAUUACUGUACUGCCAAGCUAAAAGGUUAUCAGCGUUUGCUUUCAGCAAACACCUGCUACGAUGCUUUUGUUGCCUAUGAUAAGAAUGAUCCAGCUGUAACUGAAUGGGUCUUGAAAGAAUUAGUUGAAAAAAUGGAAGAUCAAAAAGAUAAACAGUUCAAUUUAUGCCUGGAAGAAAGAGACUGGCUCCCUGGGCAACCAGUCUUAGACAACCUUUCCCAGAGCAUACAACUGAGCAGAAAAACCAUAUUUGUUCUGACAAAAGAGUACUCAAAAAGUGGUAACUUCAAGACUGCAUUUUACAUGGCUCACCAAAGACUUAUGGAUGAAAAGUUGGAUGUGAUUAUUCUGAUAUUUCUACAGAAAGCAUUGCAGAAUUCCAGGUACCUCCGGCUGAGAAAGAGGUUGUGCAGUAGCUCUGUCCUGGAAUGGCCAGCCAACCCUCAAUCGCAGCCUUAUUUCUGGCAAUGUCUGAAAACCACUUUGGCGACAAACAGUACCAUGGCCUACAACAAACUUUUCCAAGAAACUGUGUAGCUUUACCAUUCCCUGAAAAAUCUUUGUGUGGCAUGGGGAAGGCAGGAUGAUGCUAUCUUUAAAUUUCACUUAAGUUAUAUUUCCAGCUUUGAAACCUUCUUUAAAAGCGAUAUCACAUGCAAAAGUUAAAUGAACAUUUGGUAUUGGAAAUAAUAUAUUUUUUUUUAUUUUAACUUAUCUCCUGUGUCAAAAAGGCUUUGUCUAACUUUAUGCCAAACUGACUGUUUAAAUGGCAUGUACUUUAUGUAGCAUGCACUGUGACACAGUGGAAAUAAGAUGCACUACCAGCUGAAAGGCUGAGGUUUGGAACAGAAUUGCACUUCCAGCUUUCAUUCCAGUGAAGGCUGACAGCAUCUCCUGCAGGUUGGCUCAGCUCUUUGUGAGACCACUUGCUUGACUCACUGUAUUAUAUGGACUAUUAGGAGAAAUUCAGCUGUACCUUAAAUUGCUGCUGUUUGGACGAUUGAUAGAUUAGAGGUAAUAUCAAACAGUAGCACCAGUAUGUAUCUUUGCAAAACAUAAACAGUACUUACUACUACGUUAAUGGUAAGAACAGUCCCUAAAGUAGUUCACAGUUUACUUUGGGGAGUCAGUAAAAUGUAAGUAGUAUUGCCUUGGAGUUAUGUGCCUAUAUCUGGCAAACCUGUAUUUAAGCCCUCUAUCCAGAGUUUAGGCAGGUCUGGCUUGCUUUCUUUUCCGUAGUGGAGAAGAAUAGCUUGUCCAAGUGAGUCUUCUCAUCCUGUUUGCUGUCAUUGACACACAUCUCAGGUUACCCAAACCCUUUCUCUCUUCACAGGUUCCAGCAUUUAUACAAAUUACACCUCUUGUCUUAAGAGAAGAGUGGCUGUCUUCACCCAAGUUCUCUGAAUCUGUGCAUCUAGAGCAGUAAUACAUGUGUGGUACUUAUGCAGUAAUACAAAACUGAAUAGAGACACUUGGUCACAUAUAACAGUAGUCAAAGAUAAAACAAUUUAACAUUCUGGGUUUGUUGAUUAAUGGUAAAAGUUGGGGGGGUUGGAAAAAUGGUCAUCUUAUGAUUAUAUUUUGUAAGAAGUAUCAAUAUAUAAACAAGAGCUAAAGCUGA